UGACACCAAAUUCAAAACAUCGCGGCCGCCUUCAAGACUAUCUCAGGGAACCCGUCGCCCUCUCCUCAUACUCUCACGUGACGGCCUCCACACCUCUUUACAACUCAACUUUUCAGCUCGUGUGUGAGCUGCACAACUCGCACACGAAAUGGCUACAUCAAUAGAAACCUUAACUAGCACCAUUUUAGCAAAGAUUGGGGCCUCAUCGCUAACAGAGAUGGCAUCAAUCAUACCAAGUGCUCUGACCACAGAUGUCAAUAUUAUGGCAGGUAGAAGGGAAUUAGAGGAAGGGAAAAUGGAGGAUGCCUUCCACCAGUUGUCCCUUUCACAUUCAACGCUGCUCCACCAUCGCAUGGCCCAGCGACUCCACAAGCCCAGUCUAGGUAACAAAGAAGGUGAAGAAAGUGGAGAUGUCAUUACUCGUGACACCCUGGAAGAUGAGAAAGUUACAUUAUCCACCACUGCCAAGGAUGAAACUGUGAACCAUCUGCGGAAGCUUCCUUCAGAGUGGACAGUAGUUCAAAUGACAACUCAGAGCGUGGGUGAGCAUAACUUUCAGAAGAUUGGCUCCCACCCUCCCACGCCUGGGUUAUACAUAUCCCGCUGCACAUGUGGUCCGCUCCCGACCAUAACUGUCCAGGCAGUGGCAGCACCUAAAGACAAGGGAGUACGAGGUAUCAGGCAGGAGGUGGAGCUUAUCAAAGAAGAAAACAAAAUUAUCAGCAAGGACUACCGUGACCAGCAGCAAAAAUACUUCACUAAGAGAGAAGAACUGAAUAACAGGCUUAAGUGUGUAGUCAGGAGUAUGGAGGUGGCUUGGCUACGACAUUGGUCCUGUUUGCUAACAGGCUCUCUUGACAUUCGUGACCAACUCCUUCUGGAAGAGAGCACCACUCGUAUACUUGCUAAUUGCAAGAUUUCCCUUACAGACACACAAAAGCAACUGUUGCAGUGCAUCAUUACCUGUCCAAUACCACCAGAAAAGACUACAGGCUUCGAACUUGGCAUGAACAUCAAUGUGCGUGCAAGCAUUGCAGCUUUGUUCCAUGAAUCGGUGAGAAGUGAGCGUAUCAAAGAUCUUUAUGCAGCCAUUCAGAAAGAGGAAGGAACUUUGAGUCGAUUGCAACGAGCUCAGAGAAAUCCAGUUAUUCUCAUACUGGACAAGAGCAUUGUUUCACUACCUUGGGAGAUGAUGUGGGUGUUACAAGAUCAGCCAGUGACUAGGAUGCCAAGUCUUCGUAUGUUGACCCUGUUGUAUCAGCAUCACUCUUGCCGAAGCACGAGUGUACUAGUUCAAGGUGUUGACUCAAGCAAAGGCUUUUAUAUGUUGGAUCCAGAUAACAACUUGCCAAGAACACAAGAGCGUUUGAAGCCUGUGUUUGACGAGACUGGCUGGCCAGGCAUUACUGCUCGCAGACCGACUCAUGAAGAGUUCAGGGAAGCCAUCACUAACCAAGAUUUAGUGGUGUAUUCUGGUCAUGGUUCUGGCAGUCAGUAUCUCCCAGGUGAGCUGGUUGAAGGACUUGAGUGUAAGGCAUUGGUCCUCCUCUAUGGUUGUGCUUCUGUACGUCUAGCACCACGAGGACGAAUUCCAGACCCUUGGGGAGUUGUGCUCAACUACUUAAUAGCUUAUAGCCCAUGUGUAGUAGGAAUGUUGUGGGAUGUUACGGACAAAGACACGGAUGUCCUCACUCGGGGAAUGAUUCGAGCAUUGCGUGGUGAAGAUGGUGAACCAGGUACUCCCUUGGCCACACCUCCCUCGGAUAUUGCUCUUUUGGUCGCCCGAUCGCGUUUCCUUUGCCGCUGGUACCUCACUGCUGCAGCACUCACAGUAUACGGUCUGCCACUGCAUGUUAUUGACAAAUCUUGUGAAUAACAUUUAAGACAGGUAUAUAUCAUUUUCGAAUGGUACAGUAUUAUAUCUUUGAAUCAUGUAUAACUUGAUCAAAACUCAAAGUAUGUUGUAUUUGUAUUCUUUUGAAGGAACAAACAUGUAUGUCACUUGCUUUGACAAUAAUCAGCAUAGAGAACAACACAGUUGCCAUGUCUAAUCUUAAUACUGUAGUAACUCUGGUUCUUCUGAAAAUGUAAUGUAAAUGUAGUACUGUACUACAGGCAUGAAUAUCUACAAUAGAUUUCCCUAUUUUAUAAUAAUCUUAAGUACAGUAUUGUAAUUUUUUGGUGAUUGGUAUAUAUUUCUUAUGUAAUUUCCAGGACUCUUGCCUUUAGAAAAUGAGUAGGAGCCAUGAGGAGGAUUCGAACCUAUGCUCUGGGUACUCCUAUGCAAGUGUCUUAGACCACUACACCACAACAUGGUCAAAAUAAUUGUAACCUGGGAUUCUUUUGAUCAUGUUGGGCAUAGUGGUCUAAGGCAUGUGCUUGAGAGUACCCAGAGCAUUGGUUCAAAUCCUCAUCACAGGUCCCACUGAUUUUGUCAUUGAUACGUCACGUUAAAGAGAUUGUGCACACUUGCCCUAUUAACAACUCGGCAUGAGUGCCAAUAAAUCCAAAAGUAAAGUACUGUAUUUUGAUAAAUUAAAGAGAGGAGAUACCUUAUAAUACAGUAGUACCCACACUGGCCCUGGUGGGGUUAUUUGGGUACUUUUUAUCACCAUCUCCACUUUGCUUAUAGCACUUGUAGUAUAUAUUGUAUUUAUUGAAACAAUUUCAAAUUGUUUAGGUAAAUAUAUAACAAUUUAACAUAUUUAGUGAUACAACAUGGAGUUAUGGAAAAUAUAUUUGUAUAUGGGUAUUAAAUGAAAUAUUAGACUAGAAACUUUUAUUGAAGUACAAAAUCCAUUAUAAUAUAGAGAAUAACGUGCUCUUGUGGUGGUGCUUGUACUGCUGGGAUAUGUGGGAGAUAUAGCUAUAGCUAUCUUUCUGUAUACUAUCUUUAUAUAUUUCACUGAGUACAGAAGACUUAGCACAUCAUUGGUUUGGAAAACAUGGAUUUAUUGAGUUGCCUUUCAUAUUUAUUAUUUUAAACUGCAUUAGAUUAUAUAUAUCUUAUAUUUUAGUAUGCCACUCACCUAAAAUAGCAAUGCUUAUAUACCAAAUCAUAAGUAGAAUCAUUGUAUAUAAUGUAAAAUAUAUUAAAGAAUGACACCUUAGGAAAAAAAUAUAUUUUAUACAAGAUUAUUUAACAAUAUAGUUGUUCAGCUAUUGUCUUUUCUUUUUAUUGUCCAUGGAUUAAAUACAUAAAU